AUGUUGAGCUCAAGUAUAUUUUUAUAUGAUAAUGAAACUUGCAAUAAACUCUAUGAUAAACCUUAUAAUGAACCUUAUGAUGAACUUUUAGAUGAAUCCUUUGAUAAAUCUUAUAAUAAACCUCAUGAUGAAUAUUGCGAUAAGCUUUAUAAUGACAAUGCCACUCAGGAGCUAACAAAUAUGACCUGUUCAGAUGAAUUU